GUUCUUUUUGUAUUGUUUACAUUUGUUGGGAGGAGGAGAUUGCCGACUGUGAGAUCGUUGAAUAAGAUUAAAUGCAUUAAAAUUGCAACUAAAAUAUGAACUUUUACAAUGAUUUUGAUAUCGGGUUCGACUUGUUGGACUCUCCAAUAGUCACAGUAGAUGCACCACCCGCGGAAGUGGCUCCAGUACGGGCCCCAGAUCGCGUCGUCGCCGUCGCGCCCAAGGUCAAAAAGCCAGGAAUAAGAAAGUUAAAAUUCUUCAUGUUCGAAGCGCACGCCAAAAUCCUGGCCGGCCUGACCCACUUCAAGCCGGUCGAGACGCUGCGGACGAUCGAGGACGUGUACCGGAAUCUAGUGGUUUUCGAGGGGAACUUUGAGCAGACUUGCAACGAUUUCCGGAAGCUGGGCGCGGACCGGCUGGAGGUCCAGCAGGUGGGAGGGAAGGGAGGAGCGUCGUUGUGCCGGAUCAAGGUUGGCCAGUUUGUGCUGGCGGAAGCUCAGGGCAGCACAAAUCGGGCGGCCAAGCGGCACGCACUGGACACGUUCUACCAGACUGCCAAAAGGCACUGCUACAGGCUUGAGUAUCUGAAAGCAAGCAAUGCGUUGGAAAACCAAAUUGCACGACGUCCCAAUGGAGGGAUCGGUAUUUACAAAAAUAUCAUCAAACAGUUCAGGCAAGAAUCCAUCGAUCAAGAGCUGGUGUUCCGGCCUGAGUUUACCAAAGAGGAACGUUCCGUGCUUAUCAAACAUGCCCAAGAUGGACCUGAAGGCGAUCGCGUUUGGGCCGAAGGACAACCUGCAGUUGAAAGUUAUCGGUCUGCCCAUACCGGCACUGGCCAUCGUGGAGCGUAUUUUGGUGCGAAAAGAUCCCCAACUGAGGGCGCUUUACCAGGCCAUUCCACCGAUGGUGGGCGCGCGACGAAUUGACUAGUUGAUGGAUUCUGUAACUGAAGAUUUGUUUUCUUUUUUAAAUCUGUUAUUAAUUACUAUCUAAAAAGAUAGACUGGCUUAAGUAUGUCGACUGAAUUUGGACUAAUAAAUGAACUUUAUUAAAUACUAA